CAAGAGUUGUAUCAUACCCUUGCAUGCUUUCCAAGCCAUUGCGGUUGUUUUGCAUAGAUACAUUGGGCCCCGGUCCAGGCAGAUCUCUGGGUUGUUUCGGCAUCAAAGAGGGGCAUUUCCUAGUUAACUUCCCGCCAGGGUCAAUGUCUUGAGACUUCACCGCAGCUUGCUUAGAACGCGUAUUUAUUGCCGCAAACACCCCCCCUUCACUCUCCUCCGAAAUGAAUUCCACCAGACUCUCUUCUCUCCUUGCUCUCUCCCACCGCUCUAUAACCUCAUCAGUCCACAGCUGUGGCCGGUCUGCCAACGCUCGAUUCACCACCAGCCUCCCUUUCUCCCAGCGACAGCUUCCCCGCAGCUAUCCGACCCACUGUAGACACCUAACCUCACCUCGCUACUACGCAACAAUGGCCUCUCUCAAAGCUGGAGACAGCUUCCCUUCUGACGUUGUCUUCUCUUACAUUCCAUGGACACCUGACAAUAAAGACAUCAAAGCGUGUGGCAUGCCACAAAACUACGAGGCUUCCAAGCUCUGGGCUGACAAGAAGGUCGUCCUCUUCUCUCUUCCCGGUGCCUUUACUCCUACCUGCUCCGCCAGCCAUCUCCCCGGAUACAUCCAGAAGCUUCCUCAAUUGAAGGAAAAGGGCGUUGACGUCGUUGCUGUCCUCGCAUUCAACGAUGCCUGGGUCAUGAGCGCCUGGGGCAAGGCCAAUGGCGUUACCGGAGAUGAUAUCCUCUUCCUCAGCGACCCGGAAGCUAAGUUCUCAAAGAGCAUUGGCUGGAACGCCGGCGAGCGAACUGGCCGAUAUGCUAUUAUUAUCGAUCAUGGAAAGGUUACUUAUGCUGAAAUAGAGCCUGGUCGUGAAGUUACCGUCUCGGGCGCUGACGCCGUCUUUUCCAAGUUGUAAAUGAUGAACAAACCGAUGAGAAACCCGAAAAACAUUAUCUUAUGGAGAAUCAAGGGAAACGGCCAAAGUGUUGUAACUAUUAGCUAGAUCACCAAAACAGUUGUAUCAAUACAGACUAGAAAGACACAAUACAAUUUGGUUGCUUGCACAACAAUA